CUGCGGCAGCGGGGAUCGGAUCGCAGCGGCCAUGGCGGCGGCGACAGCGGCGGCCCCGGGGGGGCCCGGCCCGGUGCCGGGGGCGCCCAAGCUGGGGGUGGAGUCGGUGAAGGGGCAAGUGUUCGACGUGGGGCCGCGAUACACGGACCUGCAGUACAUCGGGGAGGGGGCGUACGGCAUGGUCUGCUCGGCCUACGACCACGCGAGCAAGAUCCGGGCGGCCAUCAAGAAGAUCAGCCCCUUCGAGCACCAGACCUACUGCCAGCGCACCCUGCGCGAGAUCAAAAUCCUGCUCCGCUUCCGGCACGAGAACAUCAUCGGGAUCAACGACAUCCUGCGGGCCGCGGCCAUCGACCACAUGCGCGACGUGUACAUCGUGCAGGACCUGAUGGAGACUGACCUGUACAAGCUACUGAAGACGCAGCAGCUGAGCAACGACCACAUCUGCUACUUCCUGUACCAGAUUCUGCGCGGCCUCAAGUACAUCCACUCGGCCAACGUGCUGCACCGCGACCUCAAGCCCAGCAACCUGCUCAUCAACACCACCUGCGAUCUCAAGAUCUGUGACUUUGGUCUGGCCCGCAUCGCCGACCCGGAGCAUGACCACACUGGCUUCUUGACGGAGUAUGUGGCUACCCGCUGGUACCGCGCCCCUGAGAUCAUGCUCAACUCCAAGGGCUACACCAAAUCCAUCGACAUCUGGUCGGUGGGCUGCAUCCUGGCGGAGAUGCUCUCCAACCGGCCCAUCUUCCCUGGCAAGCACUACCUGGACCAGCUCAACCACAUCCUGGGGAUCCUGGGGUCUCCCUCGCAGGACGACCUGAACUGCAUCAUCAACAUGAAGGCGCGGAAUUACCUGCAGUCGCUGCCCCAGAAGGCCAAGGUGCCCUGGCCCAAGCUGUUCCCCAAGGCUGACCCCAAAGCCCUCGACCUGCUGGACAAGAUGUUGACCUUUAACCCCAACAAGCGCAUCACUGUGGAGGAGUCGCUGGCUCACCCCUACCUGGAGCAGUACUACGACCCCUCAGACGAGCCGGUGGCCGAAGAGCCCUUCACUUUCGACAUGGAGCUUGACGACCUGCCCAAGGAGAAGCUGAAGGAGCUGAUCUUCGAGGAGACGGCGCGGUUCCAGCCAGGCUACCAGGGGCCGUGAGCGCUGGUCCGUCACGCUCCAGCCUAGACCUGCCUCCCUCUGAGAAGGUUUCGACCUGGCCCCUGCGCCCGGAGCGCCCCUCGGACUCUGACUGGGGGGCUAGGGGGCCCUGCCCGAGGGGGCCAGCCCUGCCAUUGUGCUGUAUAACUGCUUCGCAAUGUGGCUGUGACUCCUUAACCCCCCCAGGCUGUGCCUCUGGGGGGGCCUGGCGGGGGGACCCAGUGCCCCCCUGAUUCCUGGAUGUGGAGGGGGAAUCUCUCCUGCUUUGUAUCUAAUGAGUUAACAAUUGUAAUUAGCCCCUGCCUGCUGCUGGGAAUGUGUGUGUGGGGGGGGAGACUGGGGGGUACUCCCCUAGGAGUUCCUAUUGCCCCCAGUUCCUGUCUGUGUCAUGGGGGGGCAGGGCUGCCCCUCCCAUAGGGGGAUAUUCGUGCCCACCCAGCUAAUAUUUGUGUGUUGGGGUGGGGCUGGGAGCAGGUCCAGCCCCUUCCCCUUCCUUCCCUGCCUGCUCUAGUCUGGCAGGGAGGGGGGAGAAUUUCUCCUCCUGCCUGGCCUGGGUGCGAAGUGAUGAGCCAGGGCUGGUGGCUUCCCUGGGGGGAAAGAACCGCGGAGUCCGGGGGGGGGGGUUGGGGUGGGCAGAGAUUUGUAUUUUCAGUCCUCCCCCACACCUGGGGGUGCCAUCUCCGUUCAAAGGGCUACGGCAGCACCUGAUGCCUCCUCUUGGAGCCCCCCCAACUGACCUGCACAUGAACCCCGGAACCUGGGUUCUGUACCCUCCACCCCCUCCAAAACCCACUAACAACACUCCCUCCCAGAGCCGGGAGAGAACCCCGGUGUGCUGGCUCCCAGCCCCCCACUCCCCUCCCAGAGCCAGGGAGAGAACCCUGGAGUCCUGGCUCCCAGCCCCCCACUCCCCUCCCAGAGCCAGGGAGAGAACCCUGGAGUCCUGGCUCCCAGCCCCCCACUCCCCUCCCAGAGCCAGGGAGAGAACCCCGGUGUGCUGGCUCCCAGCCCCCUACUCCAACAAAAGACUGGAUCUGAAGGAUCCUGUGGUUUUGUGAAGGGGCCACUGGGAGCUCAGACUCCUGGGUUCUACACCUCCCCCACCCCCAUCUGUGCCUCAGUUUCCCUUUAUGAUUGGCUGCCAACCUGUCUGCAAUGUGGGCUGAUUGCUGGUCCUCCCUGCCCCACCAGCCACAGCCCCCUCAUGUAUGGGGGGGCCCCACGGGCAGCCUGCCCCCUAAGUGGGGGAAGCCGGCGUGUUGUCCGGCCCUGUGGGGUGGAAUUGGCUGGGCUCUGGUGACCCUGCUAUGGAACUGUACAGACCCCCCCAAUAAACCGUUCUGAAUCCCA